CGGUUUAAGGUCUCAAAAAAUGAGGCUGAGUACGAGGCACUACUCUGCGGUUUGAGGCUGGCAGCAUCAUUGAAGGCCAAGCAUCACAGGAGAAUUUGAAGCCAAGGAUGAGCGGAUGAAGAAAUACAGAGACACCGCAUUGGAGUUGCUUAAGGCAUUCAGGGCGUACCGGAUAGAGCAGGUCCCUCGAGAAGAAAAUGCCGAGGCGGACAUCCUAUCAAAGCUUGGUCCAGAUUCCCCGGAUCAUAUCAAGGAGAUGACCCAGGAAGAAGAGUCACUACAAGAAUCUCGCGAAAAAAAAGCCUCUUCUGUUUCUCCCUCAAAGCAGCCGAGGAGUGACCCGCUAGCUGAAGCAGCUGCAUGUGAGAAGCCGCUGAAGUGAGAAGCCGUCACCCCCGCGUCGCCGACCGCCGCCACUCCGCUCUCUUCUCCGCCAUCUAGCAAGCCGACGCUCAGCCUCCCCUCCAAUUUCUAGAUGCAGAAUAUGGAUCGUACUUGGAUGUAUGAAAGACUUUAUCCAGGGAGAAAAGGGUUGAAAACUGAAUUCAUUGAAGGGGUGAAAGAAUUCGUUAG